AUGGAAGCCUCUAGUCAGCGUUAUUACCGCUUCUCUGAAAAAAAGCUUCUUCGUGCUUCAUUCCAGUGGCGGAGGGCAAACAGACGCCGAUGGGCUGCCUCUGCCGCGCACGUGGCGCACGGUCCAGGUGGGGAGCCGCGGAUGGAGCCGUGCCCGCGCGGCGCCCUGCUCGACCACAGCCGGCGCCACCGGACCGCGUUCACGCGCGAACAGCUGUUCCGCCUGGAGCAGGAGUACGGCAGGGAGAGCUACGUCUCCAGGCCCCGGCGCUGCGAGCUGGCCACGGCUCUCAACUUACCGGAGACGACCAUAAAGGUGUGGUUCCAGAACAGGAGGAUGAAGGACAAGCGGCAGAGGCAUUCCUUGCCGUGGCCCCACCCUCUUGUAGACCCCUUGGGGGCGCUUCUGAUGGGCCACGUCUCUCCUUGCUCCACGCUGCCCUACCCGUUCAUGCCGCCCCACCUCCCACUCCACCCCCACUACCCGCUGGCUCUCUCUUCGCCAGUGUCCUCGGCUCACAGCCGCUACAGUGCACCCAUGCGGACCUUGGAUGCACUCCGCCAUUACCACAACAGACCCGGAGGGCGGCCUCCAACAACAGCCGCCCUCUACCCCUCCACCAGCAUACUGCACCAUCCCGCCUUGUGUCCCUGCCCCCUCUGCCUGCACUGGGGACAGGAUCAUCUGUUGACAGCCCGAGGGGAGGCCCUGGGCAUGAGCCAGGCCCGAAGUCCCAAAGCCAACAUACAGCCUGCGGCUCUGGAGCGAAGAGAAGAGAUGGUGUGA